CGGAAUCUUAAGUCUUGACUGACUCCUGCUGAGUCUUGUGGGUCACGGUUUUCCCCUUCAUAAAACCCGGCAACUACUGAAGAAUACACUAUAUCUUAUACAGAGAUGGCUGCCGUGCUCACUGUUUCUUCUUCGGCCUCGCCAUUCCCUUACGCGGCGGUCGCGGCUGCGACCUAUACUCAAAAAGCUGAGGUCAAGUUUGACGAAUCCGCAGCCGGGAUCUCUUUGGAGUUCAACGGGUCUACUUUCGCAUCUGAGGACGAGAUUGUGCGACUGCUGGCGAAGGAAGCUGGUCUUGCAGAUGACAGCGCAAAGACCCAAGCAUUCUUUGAACUCGCGAAGAAGCUGCUCGCAGUCACUGCCUUUCCCGAACUCGUUGCUACGCUCGAUUCUCUAGAUAAUCAUCUCGCGUUCCGCACGUUCCUGGUUGGCCAUCAGCUAACGGCCGCUGACCUCAUUGUCUGGGGCGCUCUGAAGGGAAGUGUGAAAAUUGUUGGUCUGCUAAAGAAUAACAAGCAUGUCCAUCUGAACCGUUGGUACACGCACAUCGAGCUACUCGAGUCGACCCAGCUUGCUCUUGCCGGCCUUGUUGAGGCGAAGUCUCAUAAGGCGCGCUCUAACAAGACUGCAGCUUCAUUUAUUCUCGGUCUCCCUAAUGCGAAGGAGGGCCAAGUUGUGACCCGUUUCCCUCCUGAGCCCAGUGGUUACCUGCAUAUCGGUCAUGCGAAGGCUGCGAUGCUGAACCAAUACUUCGCAACGAUGUACAGGGGCAAACUACUUAUUCGUUUCGAUGAUACAAAUCCUAAUAAGGAGAGGACCGAGUUUGAGGAGACAAUCCUUGAGGACCUUGCACUCCUUGAUGUCCACGGCGAUGUUGUCUCGCACACGUCCGACUUUUUUGACCAGCUCUACGAGCUCGCCGUCAAGCUUAUCAAAGAGGGUAAGGCGUAUGCCGACGAUACCGAGCAGCUACAGAUGCGCCAGGAGCGCUUUGACGGUAUUGCCUCAAAGCACCGCAAUGACAGUGUCGAGGACAACCUCAAGCACUUCGAAGGGAUGAAAAAGGGCACUGAGGAAGGUGUUCGUUGGUGUAUCCGUGCGAAGAUGAGCGUCGACAACCCUAACAAGGCCCUCCGUGAUCCGGUAAUCUAUCGGUGCAAUCUCUUGCCCCACCACCGCACUGGUGACAAAUGGAAAAUUUACCCCACCUACGACUUCGCCUGCCCAGUCGUCGACUCGCUCGAAGGUGUCACUCAUGCCCUGCGUACGAACGAGUACCGUGAUCGUAACCCGCAGUACCAGUGGAUGAUCGAGGCACUCAACCUGCGCCAGGUCUUCAUCUGGGAUUUCAGCCGUCUCAACUUCAUCUACACCUUAUUGUCCAAACGCAAGUUGCAUUGGUUCGUCGAUCAGGGGAUUGUCCGAGGCUGGGACGACCCGCGCUUCCCCACCGUCCGCGGCAUCCGACGCCGCGGUCUCACUGUAGAGGCGAUCAGGCAGUUCAUGAUUGCCCAGGGUCCCUCGCAAAACAUCGUCUCACUCGAAUGGGACACCCUUUGGACCAUGAAUAAAAAGGUCAUUGACCCGGUGGCUCCUCGCUUCUGGGCUAUCACUAAGCAGGAUCUUGUUCCCAUCACUAUCGCUGGCGGUCCUGCCGAGCCUGAGAUCAGGUCUCUUCCCAAACACAAGAAGAACCCUGAGGUUGGCGAGAAGAAGACUAUCUUUUCUUCCAACAUCAUUAUCGAACAGGAGGAUGCAGCAUCUUUCGAAGACAACGAGGAGAUCACUCUCAUGGAUUGGGGUAACGCCAUUGUUCGCUCUAAGACCACUGGCGCUUCUGGCAAGAUUAGUAGCAUUACCAUGGAGCUGCACCUCGAGGGCGACUUCCGCAAGACCAAGAAGAAGGUCACCUGGCUCCCUGCUCCCGUUGAGAAGCUCGUGGCGUCGACUCUGCUCGACUACGACUACCUGAUUACGAAGAAGAAGCUCGAGGAGGAUGACGACGUCAAAGAUUUUGUUCCGCCUGUGUCUGAGUUCCGCGAAGAGGCGCUCGCCGACGCGAACGUGAAGGAGCUUACGAAAGGCGACACCAUCCAGUUCGAGCGCAAGGGCUACUACAUCUUUGACGGCAUUGCCAAGGACGGCCGACACGAGUUCAUUCAAAUCCCCGACGGUCGUGCGGCAAGUAUUGCUAGCAAGGCCGGUACCGAAGCAAAGACAAAAGACCCCUCGCCUGCUCCCGCAAAGACUCUGGCCUCGGAUACCCCUCAUGACACCAAGAUGUACAAGGUGGACAAGGUUUAUGGCGGUGACAAAAUUAUCCCCAAGGCCGACACAAAGAUGUACGAGGUAAAGAAUGUGUACACAUAGAUCGGGACGGCCCACCAGGACAUAGAAAAAAUGUAGCAACAUUUCUC